AUGGCGACUCCUACGCAACACUUCGUCGUCCUCGGCGCCGGCGUCAUCGGCCUCACCACGGCACUGACCCUCAGGGCCGAGUUCCCCUCUGCAAACAUCACGAUUGUGGCAGAGUACUUCCCUGGCGACUACAACAUCGACUACUGCUCGCCAUGGGCCGGGGGUAAUUGGUGCUCCUCGGCCAACGACAACGGUCUCCUCGAGUCUUUCGACCGCGUCGCUUUUGAGCGUUUCAAGAAGAUUGCAAGUAGUGCACCAGAGGCGGGGGUCAAGAGUUCGCCACUGCGAAUGGUUUUCGACCAGAAGAUCGAAGAUGCAGGAAUCCUCAGCGUAGGAACUGGCAAGCUGUGGUACGAUGAUUUGGUCGGGGGCACUGUGCCACUUGGGAAGGACGAAUUGCCUGAUAAGGCUGUGUUUGGACUUGAUGUGCCCAGCACGUUUGUGAUCAACACUCAAACAUACUUGCAGUGGCUUCUUGAACAAUGUAGACAGAGCAAAGUCAUUCUGAAUCGUCGGAAAAUCGGCCACAUCAAUCAGGCUCGCAUCUCUUCAGAUGUCACAACUGUUUUCAAUUGCACCGGCUUAGGAUCCUAUUUCCUUGGUGGUGUGGAAGACAAGUCCAUGUAUCCAACCCGUGGACAGACCAUCUUGGUUGAGCAACCGAUUCAACCCCUCAAGAGGAUGUACUUCCGUUCACCUCGAAGGGUAGACAACGACACCACCUAUAUCUUCCAGAGGCCUCUAGCUGGCGGCAUUGUACUCGGCGGGUGUCGUCAAGACGAAAAUUGGGACAAGGAGGUCGAUCCUGAGUUGACAAAGACCAUCCUCCAGCGUUGUUGCGCGCUGGCACCUGAGCUCGGCAGGCCAGAAGGCCUCAAGAUCAUCAAGCACGGUGUUGGAUUGAGACCGAACCGCAAGGGCGGGCCGAGAAUCGAGGCUGAGAAGACAGAUGAAGGGCUCGUUGUGCAUAAUUACGGAGCAUCUGGGGCAGGAUAUCAGGCAUCUUGGGGGAUGGCAGCACAUGCGGUAAACCUCGCAAAAUCGCAGCUAACAAGCGAGACGCCCUCAUCGAAGCUCUAG